GCAUUGCAGCUCACUGAUUGGUGGGCUGUUACAUCUCUAGCUAUGGCCGCGCUUCUCGUCAUAUGUACGCAUGCGCAGUGAGUACGGGGAAACAUUGACAGUCGGGCCGGCAUGGACAGGAGAGGGGAGAGCGAGCAGAAGGCCGGUGGUGGUGGUAAAGUAAAGAAGUCUGAGUCUCGCCAUGCCAAGGGGGAAGGGCAAGAGAUGAGUAAGGAGGAGAAGCUUCGUCUGCGCAAAGAAAAGAAACAACAGAAGAAGAACAAGGAGAAGGCGUCAUCUGAGCCAACCAAGGAGGCCCCAGUCAUAGAGAGAGAUGCUCCGCCUAGUGCCACAAAUGCCACCUCUCCAUGCUCUUUGCCCCAUGUACCUGCCCCAGUGGCAGAGGAGGUGACCACUGAUAAGUCAGACCCAGUAGCCAAGGCUCCUGCUGGGGGAGGAAAGGGCAAGUCAGAGGCAGUAGGGGAGGCGCCCGCUGGAAGUGCAAAGAGCAAACCUGGGGCAGGAGCAGAGGGAUCUACUGGGGGUGGAAAGAGCAAAUCUGAGCUUCGGGCAGAAAGAAGAAUAAAGCAAGAGGCUGAGCGGGCACAGAAACUGCUGAAGAAAACAGAACAGAGUGCAGGGCCUGGGCAGGGCAAAGCCAAGGCUGUUUCCAUUGAGGGACAGACAGUGAAACGACUUCCAGAACACAUUCAGGUGGAUGAUCCGGCAGCACAGAAGAAACUUGCAAAGAAACUGGAGCGGCAGCAGAUGCAAUUGGUGGAGCCCCCCACACGAGGUCCUUUGAUGCAGGUUUGCCCGGUUCCUCUGCGGCCAGACUAUGGCACAAAGGUCAGUCUGUUCUCCCACCUGCACCAGUACAGUCGCAAGUUGCCCCUUACUCAGCACAUGAGUAUUCCUUCCUCUGUCAUACACCCAGUGGUGGUGAGACUCGGCCUGCAGUACUCACAUGGGAUCAUCAAUGGCUCCAACUCCCGCUGCAUCGCUUUACUGCACUGCUUCAAACAGGUCAUUCGGGAUUACACGACCCCCCAGCAGGAGGAGCUGUCCCGGGAUCUUGUGAAUAAACUGAAACCUUAUAUCAGUUUCCUCAAUCAGUGUCGCCCCCUGUCAGCCAGUAUGGGAAACGCUAUUAAAUACAUAAAGAAAGAAAUCUCCAAUAUCAGCCAAUCAAAAGGAGAGGAGGAGGCCAAGUCCGACCUCCUCUCCUGCAUUGACAGAUUCAUCCAUGAAAAAAUCUUCCUGGCAGCGGAAGCCAUCUCUAAAUCUGCAGCAGAGAAGAUCAGCGAGGAUGACGUCAUACUGGUCUAUGGAUGUUCCUCAUUGGUGACAUGUACACUCCAAGAAGCUCACAGGAACGGGAAGAAAUUCCGUGUCAUUGUAGUGGACAGCCGCCCACGGCUAGAGGGACGAGAGACACUGAGACGACUUGUGAAUUGUGGAAUCCACUGCACGUACAUUAUGAUCCCAGCCAUCUCCUACAUUCUCCCCGAGGUCUCCAAGGUGUUUCUAGGGGCACAUGCCCUUCUUGCUAAUGGCUAUGUAAUGUCCCGCGUGGGCACCUCUCAGAUUGCUUUGGUAGCUAAAGCCCACAAUGUCCCAGUCCUGGUGUGCUGUGAAACCUACAAGUUCUGUGAGAAAGUUCAGACUGACUCCUUUGUGUCCAAUGAGCUGGAUGACCCGGACGAGCUGAUCUUGAGCAGGAAGGGACGGUGUCCCCUAAGGAAUUGGCAAAAGAACUCGUCCCUGCGGCUGCUGAACCUGGUGUACGACGUGACCCCCCCAGACCUGGUCGAUUUAGUUAUAACAGACAUCGGCAUGAUCCCCUGUACGUCCGUACCAGUCGUGCUGCGCCUCAAGAGUGGGGAGCAGUAGCUGCUCUUGUUGGGGUGUAAUAAUUAACAGUCUCAAAUAAAACAAAAUCUGACAGUU